UACGGGAAGCGGCAGCGGCACUACCUGCAGCCAGGGGAGGACGAGCAGGUGGCCUUCUGCACCGACGAAUUCAGCGACAUCUCCCCGCUGAGCGGGGGCAACGUGGCCUUCUCCACCCUCGAGGGACGGCCCAGUGCCUACAACUUCGACGGGAGCCCCGCGCUGCAGGAGUGGGUGACCGUCACCGACCUGCUCAUCUCCUUGAACCGGCUCAACACAUUCGGAGAUGACAUCUUCAAGGACCCCAAGGUGCUGCAGUCGUACUACUAUGCCAUCUCCGACUUCUCUGUUGGUGGCAGCUACCACAGCCUCAGCGAGGGCGGCUGCAGACCCUGCGCCUGCGACCCAGCGGGCAGCGUGGGCACCUGCGACCCCAACACGGGGCAUUGCGCCUGCAAGGAGAGGGUGGAGGGGCACCUGUGCAACAGGUAAGCACCACGGCCCCGUGAUGGGGAUGGGACCACGGCCCCUUUCCAGGCUGGAAUCAGUGCCACCUGCAUGGCAGCAGAUGGCUACGAGGUGACCCACGUUCGCUCCGACUUUAGCCAAGGACUGCAGGCCUGGGCNGCGUCUCGGGGCGUCUGGGCCCUGCCUCUGCGCUGGGCUGACGGGGAGAUCAUCGCCGAGUGGGAUGGAGAGGAGCCGGUGGAUUUUCUUGCACCAGAGAAGUUUCUGCAGAACCAGCGUCUCAGUUAUGGGCAGCUCCUGUCCCUGCUGCUGGGAGCGGAGGGGAACGGGACGGGGACAGAGACCGGGAUGUCCCUGCUCCAGGUCCAGCUGGUGCUGGAGGGCGAGGGGAUGGAGAUCACCAUGUCCAGCAGCGAGAGCCAGCCUCGGCACGGAAAGCAGGCUGUCACCUUCAGGCUGCAUGAGGCAGAGGAGGGUGCAGAGCCUUCACUGUCAGCCUUCAGCUUCCAGCGCCUGCUCUCCAACCUGACCACCCUCCGCCUCCGUGUGAGCCGUGGCCCCGUGCAAGGCAGGCUGUCCCUGAGCGAGGUCCAGCUCACGUCCGCUCGCCCCGGGCCGGGGGUGCGGGCAGGCUGGGUGGAGGCGUGCACGUGUCCCCCGGGCUACGCCGGGCAGUUCUGCCAGUCCUGCGCGCCCGGCUUCAAGCGGGAGAUCCCCUUCGGCGGCCCCUUCGUCCGCUGCGUGCCCUGCGCCUGCAACCAGCACGGGGACUGCCACCCUGUCACAGGACACUGCCGGUGCUCGCACAACACCGAAGGGCCCUCCUGCGAGCGGGCCCCCCUGGGGCAGGGGGGCCCCGUGCAUCUCUGCGUCCCCUGCCAGUGUCACGGGAACGUGGACCUCAACGCCGUGGGGAACUGCGACCCCGUGUCCAGCCGGUGCCUGCGCUGCCUGUACAACACAACGGGCGAGCACUGCGAGAGGUGUCGGCCGGGCUUCUACGGGGACGCACUGGCUCCUGACCCUGCUGGGAAGUGUGCACCUUGUGAUUGCCACCCCGACGGCUCAGACCCUGGGCAGGAGGGCUGCGAUCCGGGCACGGGCCCCCGGUGGGGGGUGCAGGAGGUACGUGGGGCUGCGAGGGGACAGCGGUGGCUCUGCGUCCCCGGCUCUGGUCUCUGUUCCUUGCAUCCGUUGCUUGCUCAUCACCCUCCACCUCUCGGUGCCAGCUGUGAGUGCCACGCGAUGGGGUCGCAGGACAGUGGGUGCCACGCGCUGACAGGGCAGUGCUCCUGCCAGCCAGGCGUCACGGGGAGACAGUGCGACCGAUGCCACCACGGCUUCUUCGGCUUCUCUGCCCGGGGCUGCCGAGCCUGCAACUGCUCCCCGCUGGGCUCCGUCACCCCGCAGUGCCACGAGAACAGCACCUGCCUCUGUCACCCGGGCUUCGUGGGCUACAAGCGUGACCGGAGCCAGGCCAACUACNCCCCCGCCCCGCCAGGCUCCCGCUGCCAGCAGUGUCCUGCCUGCUACGGGCUGGUGAAGGACGAGGCUGACCGGCUGAAGGCCAGGCUGCAGGAGAUGGAGGAAUGGCUGCAGAACCCAGGCUGCGACGCCCGCCCAGGCCAGCCCCCCGUGCUGGGAGAUGUGCCCCGUGGAGACGGGCUGCCCAGCCCUCACGUCCCGCAAGGAGCCCGGGCUGCCCUCUUGGUGCAGGUGGAGCAGCUGGCAGGGGUGCUGGGCAUCGCGUGGGGCCGUCUCAGCAACGAGAUUCCCCAGGAAAUCCCCCAGCAGCCCACGAACUGGAGCCGGCGGGCGCAGGAGGUGCGGGCGCUGGCCGAGAGCUGGCAGCUCCUGCGGAGCUUGCUGGAGGGGAACGCCACGCAGGAGGUGCAGCACGAGCUGGAGGCCGGGUACGAGGAAAUCCAGCGGGCACGGGAGGAGCUGGGCGCUGGCAUGGCAGAGGUGGCAGCGGAGGCCAGGAGAGCUUUCGCAGCCGUGCAGCAGGCAAACACAGACAUGGCCGAGAAGCUUCUGCAGGUGGCUGCACUGGGGCAGCAGGCGCUGCCGGCGCAGGCUGGAGCCCUGGCACAGGACCUGGCAGCACUGGAGCAGGCAGUGGAGGAGCAGGAGCCGCUGGCUCCCCGGCCCGCCGCGGCGCUUCGCACUCUGGCAGCUGGAUUGAGCCGGGAGCUGCAGAGGACUCGUGGCUUUGAGCAGCUGCGGGACCGGGCUGGCUCUGCCCAUGGCACGACCACCUUGGCUGUCUCACGUGGAAAAGCUGUGCUCUCUGACGCAGAGUCUCUCCUGGCCAGUUUGGAAGGCAUGAGGAAAGUGCUGGGGCACCGGAAGGGCCAGGCUGCCCUGAGCAGGAGGAUGACACUUGUGCGGGACAGGGCGAUGGUGGAGGCCCAGAGGAAGAUUAAACAGGCAGAGAAGACGCUGGGAAACUCCUUGUCUGUCUCCACUGCAGCCCAGAGGACAGCUGGGGAGGCUGAGCAAGCCUCUGGGGAGAGUGCCAAGAGGGCACGGGCUGUGCUGCAGGAGAGCAAGCAGGCCCGCAAGCAUGCCAGCCAGCUCGCCACGCGUGCCAACGAGACCCAGCGGGAGCUCUCCCGGCAGGAACGUGUGGCUGAGAAGCUUAGGGGGGAACUGGAAGAAGCACACCAGGUGGGGACAGAGGUGAGUGAGAUGGCCAAAAGUCUCCAGGAAGCCCGGGGCUCGCUCAUGUCAGACAUCGAGACCCUGAACGACCUGCUGAGCAGUCUAGGGCCCCCCUGCCCUGCUCUCUGCUUCUCAUCCCUGCGGCUUCGGCUGGCGGUUCCGGGUGCCCUGGCCGGCCAGCUCAGCCUGCUGCGGGACGAGGCCGCGCGGCAGCGGGAGAAGAUCCAGGCGUUCGAGAGCGACUUGGCCGAGAUCCGGGCCGACAGGCAGAACCUGGAGGACAUUUUGCGGAGCCUUCCCGAGGGCUGCUCGAAGUGGCAGUGA